AUGGGUCAACAUAAUGUUGUGAUUGCUAUAAUGUCGACAAUUGGCAAUAAUGCUGCCGCGAUGGUAAUUACACAAUUGUUAAACGAUUUUAAUCGGAUACGCUUUGGAUUAUUAGUAGGUAUCGGCGGCGGUAUCCAUCAAGAGAACUACGAAAGCGGUGACUCGUCUGAUAUCCGCCUUGGGGAUGUUGUCGUUAGCGAGUCCUUAGAUACAUUUGGUGGUGUCGUACAGUUCGAUCGUGGUAAAAGUACGAACGGGGGUUUCCAAAGGACAGGCCACCUAAACAAGCCGCCGCACGUACUAGCUAGUCACGUUCAACAGUUGAAAGCUGUGCAUAACCUCUACGGUAACGGCAUGUCACGGCAUUUUGACGAAAUGCUGAAGAAGUAUCCUCAAAUGAAAGCUAAGUAUAGCUAUCCGGUUUCAGAUGGAGACCAGCUUUUUGAAGCUAGUUAUAUACACGAAGGCGGGAAGAGAUGCAAAAAGUGCGAUCCCGCCCGAAUUGUUAAGCGGGAGCAACGGAUCAAUCUACAACCCCAAAUUCAUUACGGAACGAUUGGGUCCAUGGGAAUUCUGUGCGUGGAAAUGGAGGCAGCUGGCCUGAUGGACGCAUUCCCCUGCCUGGUCAUCCGUAGUAUUAGCGACUACGCCGAUUCUCACAAGAACAAGAUUUGGCAGCCAUAUGCUGCAGCCAUUGCGGCAGCUUACACAAAAGAUAUUUUGUCCCAGAUCCCACCAGGAGCGAUCGAAUGCACGCACGCCAUCAAUGAGCUUGCUUCCAGUGCCGGCAUGAUGUGA